ACACCUCUUGCUCAGCAAUUACCAAUGCCGACGACUCCCCCUGCCAAACACCUCAACACAUGGCCGACGCCAAGCCCAACAAACACAAAGGCUCUACGCCCCUCGUCUUCGACGCCGCCAAAGCCGUUGAUGCCUACGCCAACGAGGAACGCCAUGCCGCGGUGCCACCAGCCGAGCACGGCCGUCAAAGCCGCUUGCUGCAGUGGGCGUGCUGCGGCCUGGCCGUGAUCGGCGCGCUGGCCGCCGUGGUGAUGCUGGUCCUGUCGCUCACCGUGCUCAAGGUGAGGGACCCGACGCUGUCCAUGGACUCCGUCACGGUCAAGUGGUUCAGCGUGCACUUCGACCCGAAGGCGGCCAGUCCGCUGCGCAUGAACGUGACGCUGGUGGGGAGCAUCGUCAUCCGGAACCCGAACUACGAGUCCAUGCGGUUCGGCGCGAGCGCCACGGAAAUCUUCGUCGACGGCGUGCCGGAGUACGUCGGGGUGGGCCGCGCGCUGCCGGGGGAGGUGCCGGCGCGGAGCGCGAGCCACGUGCGCUUGGACCUGGACGUGUUCGUGGACAGGGUCAGCCCGGCCGUGGUGGGCGAGGUGCUGUUCGGCAGCGGCGAGGUGCGCCUCGCCAGCCACACGGCCGUGGACGGCAGGAUCAGCGUGCUCGGGGGCCUCUACGGGCGGCGCACGGUGCGAGUGGCGAUGCGGUGCCGCGUUGUGCUGCGCGUGUCGGCGCAGGUCGUCGUCGCCGGCAACCCCGCGUGCGUGGCCGAUUUCGGGCGCUGACUCACGCCGGGGACGCGAGGGCCGAAUGUUGCUUGCUCUGCUUGUGCGUGACUCCGUGUGUGUGCCGGUAUUGUCCUUUCUCCUUACCGGCGAUGACCGGCGUAUUCAGUUACAGCGGCGACUAAGAUAGAACCGUCGGUUGCUCUCUCCCUUGUCACGGAAUUCCGGCUGUUCACUUCACCUCCUUUUCUAGUUUUCGUGUCACAACGUAACGUGUACUUGUUCAUUCUAACUAGCUGCUGAUCAAUAAAGACGAAAUCCUUGGAGCGAUGCA